GUGCCGGCGCAAUAUUAAUUGUGGGAACUAUUCGACUCAAACACGUCUGUGCGCAAUCGGCCUUUUCGUCCAAUGAAGUACCAUUUUACGUAUAAUUGGAGGAAUUUUCUGAAUAAUGGUAAAUGUUGUGAAAGGUGUUCUGGUGGAAUGUGAUCAGGCUAUGAAACAGUUUCUCUUGCAUCUUGAUGAGACUAUGGCCCUUGGGUGCCGUUUCAUCAUUCAAAAUUUGGAUGAGACACAUCUUUUUAUCUCAGCUGACAUCUUAACAACCCUUCAAUCAAGGAUUGAUGAUCUCAUGGAUCAAGUGAGCUUCCCACUUGUUGAGAAGGAUUCAUAA